CCACAAUUAAUAUUAACCCAGCCACUAUUACACUGCGGGUUUAUAAUUGGGCCCUUGGUUUUUAGUGGAUGCUUUCGCCACCGAUGAAUUUCCAUUAGACUUUAGCAGUAUUUCUGGUCUUCAUUGUUUCCCCGUUCUAAAUCGAUCUCCCUGCAAUCUGAUGACGCAAGUCUCUGCAAUUACCUUUUGGCAGGAAAUGCAAGAGUGAGGAUUUUAUAAACAAAAACAACAAAACCCACACAGCAUCUCGGGAUUAUUCACUUGGAAUGCUUGAGCAAAAGAGUCCUUGUGUGGGAAAGUUCAUUUAGAUGUUUUCCUCCGAAGCAGCAUGCGCUGGGAACAAAAGUUCAGCACCUGCCGCAGGUGCAAGCCAAGCCCAUGAAAUGAUUCAUGUCCAUCUGGUGAUGCUUCUGAAUCAGUGGCUUGAGCAUGAAUGGCAAGCAUCUGUUCAUUAUGGAAUGAUCAGAGGAGAUUGAAAACCCACGCGAGGGGUGAUGAACCUACGACUAAGAGAGCAUUGUGGUAAACACGCCCUCUUUGUCGACCUUUAUGCCAUAGGGAAGGAUGGAGAUUCAUGUGCAUUUGGGUAGAGGGAGGGUACACACAUAUGUAUUGAACCAGGAAUACAUUGUGGUGCAAUGGUAUGCAUGUGGAGAGAGGUACAGAUUUGGACUUGCAUACAUGGCUGCGUGGAGGCAUUCCCCUGUAUGAACACGCACUCUCGGACAGACACAUGCCUCUCCCUCAUGUGUUUGAAGCCUGCCCACAUCCCAUGUUGGUCCGGGUCCAUGUUUCAGAUCCACCAUGAGGAGAAGACAAGUUAUAAGGCCGUCCAGAUGAGCGAGGAGGGGCCUUCAGCCGGCGAGUACCAGGGCCCGCUCAUGGUGCUGGCCCAGAACUGCGCCGUGAUGCACAACCUGCUGGGGCCAGCUUGUAUCUUCCUCCGGAAGGGCUUCGCAGAAAACAGGCAGCCAGACAGGGAACUGCGUCCAGAAGAAAUAGAAGAGCUGCGAGAAGCCUUCAAGGAGUUUGACAAGGACAGAGAUGGCUACAUCAACUGCCGGGAUCUGGGCAAUUGCAUGCGCACCAUGGGCUACAUGCCAACUGAAAUGGAGCUGAUUGAGCUGUCCCAGCAGAUCAACAUGAACUUGGGUGGCCACGUCGAUUUUGAUGACUUUGUGGAGCUGAUGGGGCCAAAACUCUUGGCAGAGACAGCCGACAUGAUUGGGGUCAAAGAGCUCCGCGAUGCCUUCCGGGAGUUUGACACCAAUGGCGAUGGAGAAAUCAGCACCAACGAACUACGAGAAGCAAUGAAGAAGCUGCUUGGGCAGCAAGUGGGACACCGGGACAUUGAGGACAUAAUACGAGACGUAGACCUGAACGGAGAUGGUCGGGUGGAUUUUGAAGAGUUUGUCAGGAUGAUGUCCCGCUGAAAGAAGGGCUUGGGCUGAAAUGCACUCAGCCCUUAUGGGUGGUAGAAGAGGGCCUGAAACGGAGUGUCUCGCCCCGAUGUUCCUAUGCAACGGCUCGGCGCCCUGGCUGCGCUGGAGACAGGGUCCCGACGCCGACCUGCCUGUCUGACCCAAGUGGCCCUGCUGCUCCUUCACCUCUCCACACUGUGAAAGACUUGCCUCUCUGGAAACUGGAAGGGCUCCUGGGAAAAGUCCAGCACGAGGACGCUGCGCUCCAGGACCAGCCGCAAAGUGUUUGCAACCGAAGCUGCCGCCGUCGCCUCUUCUCCUUCCUCCCCAGCUUUUACUGUUCCAGCAAAUGAAAGGAAAGCAAGGGGGGGGGGGGGUGUUCUCUUGAACUUGGUGGCUUUCUGCAAAGCCGCCUAGAUUGGUGCCUGCCAUGGACUGUCCCCUGGCCCCAUGUUCCUUAGUGAACUGUUGGCUGCUGCUCCCCUGCCUUGUGUUUCCAGAUCUGUAAAGAGUUAUUCAUGCCUCCCCUCUCCCCUGGAAUGUUGUUUUGCCUACCUGUGGUUAUGUUCUUAAGAGCAAAUAUACAUUUGAAAAGAAAAAAAAAACCCAGAGGAAAUCCUGAGCACUGAAAUCUGUUCUCAGCUUUGAAUUAUAUGGUGACAACAAUCCAUGAAAAAGAGAUCUUGGAGUCUUACUAGACCAUAAACUGAAUAUGAGUCAACAGUGUGAUGUGGCAGCUAAAAAGUCCAAUGUGAUUCUAGGCCGCAUCAAAAGGAAUAUAGUGUCUAGAUAAUAGAAUAGUACCACUCUAUUCUGCUCCAGAUCUGACCUCACUCAGAACAACACUGUGUCCAGUUCUGGGCACCACAAUUCAGGAAGGAUAUGGACAAGCUGCAAGGUGUUUCAAGGAAGGCGAAUAAAAUGGUCUGAAAAUCA